AUGGUCGAAACAAUCAAAAUCGAAACAAGAAUAACAACCAACAACAAUACUCCCUCACCUCCUCAUCCUACCUCUUCUUCCUCUUCCUCCGCCUAUUCUUCUGCCUCUUCACCUCCUUCGUCACCUUCUUCCUCACCUCCUUCCCGCAGCCCCACUCGUUGCCACCAGACUGGCAAGUCCGCUCACUCUGGCAGCCUGGAAUGUUCAUUCCAUUUUAGACAAUCCGAGAAGCAACUGACCGGAACGCAGGACAGCACUAGUGGCACGAGAACUAACGCGCUACAAGGUGGACAUAGUCGCACUCAGCGUGACUCAAUUCUCCGAACAAGGCCAACUGGAGGAGGUGGGUGCCGGCUACACCUUCUUCUAAAGCGGUCGACCCAGGGCAGAGCGACGAGACGCGGGUGUCGCCUUCGCCAUUCGGAACGACAUCGUGAGACGACUGCCCCGUUUGCCACAGGGCAUCAGCGAUCGCCUGAUGAGCCUCCGUAUGCCUCUCAGGGGUGGGGGAAAAUUCGCCACCAUCAUCAGCGCCUACGUUCCGCCGAUGACCAGCUCCGACGCCGCAAGAGACAAAUUCUACGAGGACCUGCACGCCCUCUUGCGACUGUGUCGAAGGCGGACAAGUUGAUUGUCCUUGGUGACUUCAACGCCCGCGUCGGCACAGACCAUGCUGCCUGGAGAGGACUGCCGGGUCCCCAUGGGCUCCGCGGCUCAAAAGGCAAUGGCCUGCUGCUCCUACGCACCUGCGCAGAACACCGCCUCAUCCUGACAAACACGUUCUUCUGUCUGCCGGAGCGAGAGAAGGUCACCUGAAGGUAUCCUCGGUCUCGUCAAUGGCACCUGCUGGACUACAUCCUCGUCCGGAGGCGAGAUCAGCGGGACGUGCUGGUGACAAAGACGAUCGCGGGCGCUGACGGGUGGACCGACCAUCGCCUCGUCAUCUCGAAGAUGCGUAUUCGCCUACAGCCUCGCAGGAGACCACAAGGUAAGCGACACCCAGGUAUGCUGAAUACUGCCUUGUUGUCUUUGCCCGCUCACCAUCUUUAUUUCAGCAAUGAGCUAGCUCAACGGCUAGACAACCUUCCCCUCGCCGACGCCGCCGCCGCCGAUGCCGAAAACGCCUCCGUGGAGAACCGCUCGUGUCAACUGAGAGACACGGUCCAAUCGACGGCGCUAGCCGUCCUCGGUCGCGCGCGCCGCCAACACUAGGACUGGUUCGACGACAACGGCGCCGCCAUCAGCAAUUUGCUCGCCGAGAAGAACCGCCUACACAUAGCCUACAUUGACUACCCCACUGACGACAACAGAGCUGUUUUCUACCGCAGUCGCCGACAGCUUCAGCAACGACUGCGCGAGAUGCAGGACGUCUGGACUGCCAGCAAAGCUGAGGAGAUCCAAGGGUACGCGCACCGCAACGAAUGGAAAAACUUCUUCUCCGCGAUAAAAGUUGUCUACGGUCCGCCGACGAAGGGCACUGCUCCUCUCCUCAGCGCCGACGUCCAUGCCCUCCUGACUGAGAAGACACAAAUUCUACAGCGAUGGGCCGAGCAUAUCCGAGGUGUCCUCGACCGCCCCUCCGCUAUCUCUGACGCCGCCAUCGCCGGCUUGCCGCAAGUUGAGACCAACGUGGACCUCGACCUCCCGCCAUCUCUCCAGGAAACCAUCAGGGCCGUGCAGCAGCUCUCCAGCGGGAAAGCACCAGGAUCGGACGCAAUCCCUGCUGAGGUCUACAAGCACGGACGUCACCGACUAAUGGAUCACCUGACUGCGCUCUUCCAGAAGAUCUGGCUUCAAGGUGAAGUACCGCAAGAUUUAAAAGAUGCAACCAUCGUUCAUCUCUACAAGCGAAAAGAGAACCGCAAAGUUUGCGACAAUCACCGUGGCAUCUCCUUACUGAACAUCGUCGGGAAGAUCUUCGCUCGCAUCCUCCUCAAUCGUCUGAAUAAUAACCUGGAACAGGGCCUUCUACCGGAAAGUCAACGCGGCUUCCGUCGUCAUCGCGGAACCACGGAUAUGAUCUUCGCCACCCGUCAACUUCAGGAGAAGUGCUAG